UGAAUCGGUCCUUGUGAAUGCCUACCUCGCCGACAAAGAACAAGACCUAAGGAUCAGACAAAUAACAUCAUGGCAGAAGAAGGAGGCGAAUACAGCUACGAGGCAAAUGGAGAAGGAUUCGAACAAGCACAAGGUUUUGAAAACUUUAGUGGUGAUGUUGAAGCUGCAGAGCCAAUGGAUGAAUCAGAAAAAGCUGCUGGCGACACCGUAGAAGGUGGCGAAGACGACGAAGACGACCGUAAAUUGUUCGUGGGAAACCUGAGCUGGGAAACCCAGCAGAAGGACCUAAAAGAUUACUUCCAAACCUUUGGAGAAGUCACAAGUUGCACAUUAAAAACAGAUCCAGAAUCAAGAAGAUCUAGAGGAUUUGGAUUUGUGGUAUUCAAGGAUCCAGCAAGUGUAGAGAAGGUUUUACAAAUAAAGGAACACAAACUUCAAGGACGUGUAAUAGACCCAAAGAGAGCAAACCCUAGGAGAGAAGUAAUCAAGAAAAUUUUCUGUGGAAAAGUGGAUCCAGGUGUACCAGAAGCUGAUAUUAGGGAAUACUUUGAAAAAUAUGGAAAGAUUGAAAAAUUGGACCUGCCUUUUGAUAAAGUAAAGGAUCAGAGGAGGGCAUUCUGUUUCAUUGAAUUUGAGAAGGAAGAAACUGUGAAAAAAAUCAUAGAUAGUUGUCCACACAAACUAAAUGACCAAGAAAUUGAUGUGAAGAAAGCCACACCCACCAACCAGAACAAACGAGGCCGAGGAGGAUUUGCUGCCUGGGGAGGCGGAUGGGGCGGUGGUCGCGGUGGUGGAGCACGUGGGGGUCGAGGUGGUGGCUGGGGAGGCCAAGGAUAUAACAAUAACUAUUACAACAACUAUAACCAAGGAUAUGGAAGUUAUGGUGGAUAUGGAGGAUAUGGUGGUUAUGACAACAGCUACUAUCAAGGAUAUGGUAGUGGAUGGGGUGGAUACGAUCAGGGCUACUAUGGGAGCUAUAGUGAUUAUAAUGGAGGAUGGGGCUAUGACCAAGCAUCAAGGACUUCACGCUCAGUCAGAGUGAAGAAAGUGUCGGUUGCCAACAACCAUUGAAUCAUGUUUCAUUGCCUCAUUUAUCAUCACAUGCUGGACACUGUGUUACAUCAUUCCAAAGUGGAUACAACAGUGACAUUGAAUAAACUAUUGACUCUACAACCAGAUUCAUUCAUUCUCAUCUUUGAUUUUAUUGUCUGAUCGUUGUCUUGUAAAAAAAAAAAAAAAAAUAAAACUGACUUUUUUUUA